AAACCGUAUUUCCACCCUUCUUGAAGAAGGUUACUCCAGCCAUACUAUUGCUUUUCAUGAAAAAGUAAGCCAUAGUACAGUCUUAAGAAUAAAAAAUUUAAAGAAGCAAACUGGUUGCUUGGAUGUUAAACCAAGGCCAGGCCACCCAGAAUACUUACCACCCACCACAAAAGAAGAAUAG